UUUCCGGUCCAGCUGAGGCCAGGCGGAAGGGGGAAGUUGAUGUCGAUUAGAAGCAGAGAAGAGUAAACAGUGAGCAAGGGAGGGGAGAGGCUGAAACAAUGGCGGUACCUGAAGGAAUGCUGAAGAAAAUGGUAUCAAAGUAUAAAUACAGGGAUCUGACAGUGAGGGAAAUUCUGAAUGUUACCUCUACCUACAAAGACCUCAAGCCUGCAUUGGAUGCAUUUGUGUUUAACAAUGGUUCAUCUCAAGAGCUGAUGAGUCUCACUGGGACUAUCCCGGUCAGCUACAGAGGCAAUAUGUAUAACAUUCCUGUGUGCCUCUGGUUAUUGGACAGUUAUCCUUACAACCCUCCUAUCUGCUUUGUAAAACCCACAAGCACCAUGAUGAUUAAAACAGGAAAACAUGUUGAUGCUAAUGGGAAGAUCUAUCUCCCCUACCUGCAUGAGUGGAAACAUCCACAUUCUGACCUGUAUGGGCUGAUUCAGGUGAUGAUAGUCAUGUUUGGAGAGGAGCCUCCAGUCUUUUCGAGACCAGCUGCAACUCCACAGUAUUCACAAUACCAAGCCACAGGACCUCCGACCACUUCUUAUAUGCCUGGAAUGCCAGCUGGAGUUACACCAUAUCCAUCUGGCCACACCAAUGCUGGUGGUUUUCCUGUGUAUCCUUAUCCGCAUUCAACCUCAUAUCCUCCAACUACAGGCACUGCACAACAUACUCCAUAUCCCAGCCAGUCACCUGCUGCAGCUGUCGGUCCUGCCAGAGAUGGAACCAUCACUGAAGACAUGAUUCGUGCAUCAUUGAUCUCUGCAGUUAGUGAUAAACUGCGCUGGAGGAUGAAAGAAGAAAUGGAUCGUGCUCAGGCUGAACUUGAUGCACUUAAACGAACAGAAGAAGACUUGAAAAAAGGCCAUCAGAAGCUGGAGAUGAUGGUCAGUAACUUGGACCAAGAAAUGGCUGAUGUAGAGAAGAAUAUUGAAGUACUGAGGAAAAAGGAUGAUGAGCUGAGCAUUGCACUGGAGAAAAUGGAAAGCCAGUCUGAAAAUAACGACAUUGAUGAGGUGGUGAUACCAACAGCUCCCCUCUACAAACAGAUCCUUAAUCUUUAUGCUGAGGAGAAUGCCAUUGAGGACACCAUUUUCUACCUAGGUGAAGCACUGCGACGUGAUGUCAUUGAUCUGGAGGUCUUUUUGAAGCAUGUAAGACUGUUGUCUCGUAAACAGUUCCAGCUUCGAGCAUUGAUGCAGAAAGCAAGGAAAACAGCAGGUCUUAGUGACUUGUACUAAGUAAUUCUUUCUUUGACUCAUCAGAUCUAACAACUUAGUUUGUCUGCAAUUAACCAGUUUCAUAGAACAUAUUCCACUAAAUUAUUUAGUUUGUAUUUACCUGUAACCUUAAAUUGGAAUAAAGCUUUAAAUUCCAAACUUA